CACUCGAUGUUACUCGGAUGUGUUUUAUUUUGCAGUGGUGAAUUUACAUAGUGUUUUGUUUCAUUGCAGGCGCGCUUGAGGUGAGGAUGCGACAUUCACGGGUGUAGUGCUGCUGCUAACAGCCUUGAACGGCAUGAAAAAUAUGGCUGAGAGAUUUCUGAUUGCUAUGGUGAUCUUCAUAUUAGCCACUCUCCUGAUUAUCUAUAACUCCAGCAGUGGCAAUGACUCCAUAAGUUAUCGAGGACAAUUUGUCUACAGUGUUCUGAGCCACGCACCAUCAAAUUUAACAAAAUGGGUUACAAAAGAUGGUUAUAUUCCAGUGACGGGAAACAAGACGAUGAAGCUCCGCUGCGGACUGUGCGCGCUUAUCACGAGUUCCAGCCACUUGCUGGGCAGCGAGAUUGGGUCGGAAAUCGACGAGACCGAGUGCACAAUCCGCAUGAACAACGCACCUACCAUGGGAUACGAGAGGGACAUCGGGAAUAAAACCACCCUGCGGGUUAUCGCCCACUCCAGUGUUUACAAGGUGAUGAAGAAACCCCAGGAGUUCCUCAACAGAAGCCAGGACACGGUCUUCGUCUUCUGGGGACCUCCUAAGAAGAUGCAGAACAGAAGAGGCGGCACUUUCCGACUGAUUCAACGAGUGGGCUCUGCUUUUCCAAACCUCUCCUCCUACAUUGUGUCUCCGAAGAGAAUGCAGCAGUUUGAUGAUUUGUUCCACAGGGAGACUGGGCAAGACAGAAAGAAAUCGCACACCUGGCUGAGUACAGGCUGGUUCACCAUGGUGAUAGCCAUCGAACUCUGCAACAGUGUCCACGUGUAUGGAAUGGUCCCCCCCACUCACUGCAGUAAGCCCCAGCAUAAGCGAAUGCCCUAUCAUUACUAUGAGCCGAAAGGUCCCGACGAGUGCAGCACCUUCCUUGGGAAUGAGAAGGUGAAGAAGGGCAGCCACCAUCGCUUCAUCACCGAGAAGGAUGUGUUUGCUCAUUGGGCGAAGCUGUACAACAUCGUCUUCUCCCACCCCAGCUGGUGACCUGCCGCACCUCCUGAGGCCUUGUCACUCCUGCCUUUCCUGGACUCUGUACGUAGCAUGGGAGCAUGGCCACUCUGGGAUCACUGCCAGGGCAGCCUACACAACCCAUGCUUGCUGUGCAUGGAGCCUCACUGGGAAUUGGUGCACAGGCAUUGAGUGUGUGAGGAUGUCAAGGUCGCAGCUGAAACUGAGGCGGUGAUGUUUGACCUGAUGAUGCCGUCUAAUCUGCUUGUCUAGAACGGAUUGGCAGCAUCAGCCCCUUCCUGGUCUAUGGCCUACUUUGCACGCAGUAACAUGGACUCUUACAUUAUUCACGCAAACACCUCUGAUGACUUGGUACCACCCGAUAAUAAGUCUCCAGAAUGAAGAAUGGAUUUUCGUUCAGUCGAGAUUUAUGUGAUGCUUCAUUAACGUCUGACUCUUCAUCUCCACCAACUAUUCCCAACUAAUCAAUCUUCAGUGUUGCAGAUUCCUUGUGGAAGAAACCUGUGCAAGAGGCUCUGUGUUGCUUUGUAACAUUAUUAAAAUGUUCAUGUUGGGU